UUAAGUUUCAUUCUUUGUUAUGCUCUUUGUUUCUGAAGUGGCCAACGUAAAGACCGAAUACAGGCACCAUCGACCGGUGGAGAUAUACGUUUUAUUUUAAAAGUUAAACCGGAAAACGAGCGCCUUCCCUUCGCUAGCUUAACUCUAGUUGUGAUGUUAGCCUGUUUUCUUGGACACUCCUAGCGCUUAUCCCACUUCCCUGGUAAUUGUUUCUAACUCAACUCAAGAAACCAUGGCCGAGCAGGCCUCGGGACCCCCUCUGUCGUCCCAACAUGACGAGGGGCUCCAGCAGCGGGUGGCAGCUCUGGAGCAGGAGAGGGCUGAGUUCAUCAAACUCAAGCAGCAAAUGGAGGCCGAGUUCAACCAGAAGCGAGCCAAGUUCAAAGAGCUCUACCUGUCCAAGGAAGAGGAGCUAAAGAAGCAGAACAAGGCGCUGGAGGGCGCCCAGGUGGAGCUGAGCUCCGUCCAGGACCAGUUGGCUCAGGCCCGGUCCGAGAUCGAGACCAUCAAGGCGGUGGCCACGGUGUCGGAAAACACCAAACAAGAAGCUAUCGAUCAGGUCCGCAGCCAGUGGCAGGAGGAGGUGGCCUCGCUGCAGGCCAUCAUGAAAGAAACAGUGUGCGAGUAUGAGGCCCAGUUCCACCAGCGCCUGGAGCAGGAGCGAGUCCAGUGGAACCAGUACCGGGAGGCAGUGGAGAGGGAACUGGGGGAGCUGCGACGGCGCCUCACAGAGGGCCAGGAGGAAGAAAACCUGGAGGACGAAAUGAAAAAAGCCCAGGAGGAUGCUGAGAAGCUGCGCUCGGUGGUGAUGCCCAUGGAGCAGGAGAUUGCAGCCCUGAAGGCCAAGCUGACUACAGCCGAGGACAGGGUGAAGGAACUGGAGGCCUCGAAGGUUAAGGAACUCAAUCACGUUCUCGAAGCGGAGAAGUCGUGUCGCACGGACCUGGAGAUGUAUGUGGCCGUGUUGAACACUCAGAAGUCUGUCCUGCAGGAAGAUGCAGAGAAACUACGGAAAGAGCUCCACGAUGUCUGUCACAAGCUGGAGUUGGAGCGACAGCAGCACAACCAGCUGAAACACACGUGGCAGAGAGCCAACGACCAGUUCCUCGAGUCCCAGCGGCUCCUCAUGAGGGACAUGCAGAGGAUAGAGAGCGUGCUGUCGUCAGAACAGCUCCGCCAGGUGGAGGAGAUGAAGAAGAAAGACCAGGAGGAGGAUGAAAAAGAGAGGCUGAGCCAAGUGAAGGAGCAGCACGAGGAGGAUGUGGGAGACAACACCGAGCCUUUGGAGGAUUUAUUCCUCCAAAGCGUCGAGGAGCCCCACGCCAACCACAGCGGCCACGGCUCCAUGCACUCUUUAGACACUGAGGUGGUGGCCGGGGGCCCCUCGGACCCCUACAAGGAAAACCUGCGGAGAGUUCAGUCGACAGACAGCCUCGGCUCCUCGCUGUCCGUCCAGCAGGGACUCGGCGGCCACAACCACAAAGCCAAGUCGGCCAGCCACUUGGACGAGUCGGACUUUGGGCCCUUGGUGGGGGCCGACUGUGGGGUAACAGACAGCAGUUUUGGUGAAACGUCGUCCAUCAGCUCCAUCAAGCUGACGGCGAGUCACUUCCUGCUUACUAAAGACCAGGAGAAGGCCAUCAAGGCCAUGACACCUGAGCAGGAGAAGACGGCGUCGCUGCUGUCCAGCAUCUCCCACGCUCCUGACACCGCCUUCUUACCGCCUGUAGGCUACAGACUCGUCAGCGACAGCGAGUGGAACCUUCUGCAGCAAGAGGUGAAAAACGCUGGCAGGAAGCUCGGCCGACGUUGUGACAUGUGCUCCAACUACGAGAAGCAGCUGCAGGCCAUCCAGGGACAAGAGGCCGAGACACGAGAUCAGGUGAAGAAACUGCAGGUGAUGCUACGUCAGGCCAACGAUCAGCUGGAGAGGACGAUGACUGAGAAACAGAAUCUAGAAGAUUCGGUCAAAGUUGGCAAUGAGGAAACCGCUGCUAAGGUGUCCGCCCUCCUGCAAAGAGUCCAGGAGUCGGAGACGCUGCUCAGCACACUACAGCAGGCCUUCAGUGAGGCUAAGAGGAGCACACAGGAACAGAUGGCAGUGCUGGUGAAGUCGAGGGAGCAGGUGGCCGAUGAGCUGAGCCGACUGCAGAGAGACAACGAGAGCCUGCAGGGGAAACACAGGCUGCACUCGGAGCUGCAGCAGCAGGAGGACUUCCAGAUGCCCAACACUGUGGAAGAGCUGCACGGCGUGGUGCUGCGGCUGCGUGAGGACCUGGUGGCCUUACGGACGUCUGCCGACCACAUGGAGGAGAAGCUGAAGGCUGAGAUCCUGUUUCUGAAGGAGCAGAUCCAGGCGGAGCAGUGUCUGAAGGAGAACCUGGAGGAGACUCUGCAGCUGGAGAUCGAAGGCUGCAAGGAGGAGAUCGACAUCUUGGAAGCGUCCUUCUCCAGUCUGAAGACCGAGCUGGAGCGAGUGAAGACAGAGAAGGAGAAGUUGCAGAGCAGCCUAGCAGAGAAGACGGAGGAGCUGGAGAGCCUCCAGAGCCUGAGGACCAGUUUGGAGCAGCAGCUCAAAGAGCUCACGGCUGCAAAGGGUGCACUGGAGGCUCAGGUGCUGGAUGAGCGAGACAAAUCCCAGCGGCUGCAGACGGAGCUGGAUGUCAGCGAGCAGGUGCAGAAGGACUUUGUCAAACUUUCUCAGACCCUUCAGGUCCAGUUGGAGCGAAUACGACAGGCGGACUCCCUGGAUCGAAUCAGAGUGAUCCUCAAUGACACCAACUUGACUGACAUCAACCAGCUUCCAGAGACAUGAUACCACUGAGUGAAAACUGCCUUCAGUUUCAUUCCCUGUUUUUCUCUUAUCACUGGCCCAGUAACAUUAUUGACCUGACCCUUCCUCCUCCCCAUAACCACAGAGGAAGAGUUUGGAGGGACGUGGACAGCGGAGCCUUCGGUGUACAUUAAGAGUCUUGGAACGUGGAAAGAAUAAUGAAGAACACUACUUAAAAAAAAAAAAAUGUAAAUAACCAAAUGUGUGACUCUGGACGGAGGGAUGGGAUGAAAGUAAAGUCUGUCUGUGUCUUGUUUCUACUGUAGAUAUGACUGUCUGUGUUAGCUCAACCAAAAAAGAAAAAAGGUUUGUCGUCUUCUAAAGCACUUUUCAUCUGCAACUUCUCUUUCCAGGUAAAUCGAAAAACGGUUGGAUGCAUAACUUUUCUUCUUUUUCUUCCCAAAGCGGUUGAUAAUCGCUUCCUUGUUCCACCCGCUCGUUCUUUCCCUCUUUUUUUUUUUUUCUUCCUACUAUUUCUGGCUGUUUUCCUGUGACAUUUUCCGCUUUGUUCUGGUCAUUUAAUCCUGUGACAAAGACGUGAAUGAAGGAAAUUCAUGGAAAAUACUUGGACACAACUUAGCUGGGAUGGAAAAGAAGGAACAUAACAAAAUUUGAGCAAUAGCCUCCAUUUCUCGAGCAUCUUCUACUGUAUCGCGAGUCGUCUGACAGAAGCGUUUGUUCUGUUCUUUUAAAGCUGCAGAAAUUCGCUCACGUCCGAUGUUUUGUUUCUCAGCUCCACGCUUGUUUCUUGUCAAAGGAAACCACGGAAACACUAGUUAGUCCAGUUCACGUCGGGUAAAGGAAGAAUUGGGUGAGGAGGAAAGCGGAGCUUUGCUCCUUUUAUUGUUUGCCGUUUUGACUUGACCUUGGUUGGACUUUGCUGAAGUAAUUCUAAAGCUCUUAAAUUACUUUUUAAAAAUAAAUGACGGAAGGGCACACUAACACAAAACACUCGCAAAUUUUCAUCCCAACUCGCAGAUGGCCAACUUUUCUUAUCUAUAGUGUGUGUACAAGGUUCAUCCAUCACUACAAGAAGUUCUGUUAUCUCUGAAGCUACUAAUGGAUUUAAUUUCAGGGUGGCAGUGUGUCAGAAGCAGCCCGUAAUUGAUCUGGCUAGGUCUAAGUAUUAUUUAUAAUUUUUAAAGAUGAAGAUGGAAACGUGUUCCAUGAAUUAAUGGUGACAUACGUGAAGCUUGUGACCUAAAGUCCAGUGAAGGUGAAAACAUCAGAUCUGUGAGGAGGCUUCGUCAAAUUAACUCAUGGAACCAAACAUACGUUUGAACCCUAUCGCCUUGCACACCUACACACACCUACACACACACACACACACCUGUCCAGUUGUUGCUCGAGGAGGGCGUGUCUUAUGGUCUGUUUCAGGGGGGCUUAAGAACAAAAAGUUGCUGUUGACGCAGAGUGAAAAUGGGAGUUUCAGACGCUGUUAGGCGACGUGAUGAGGGCUUGCUUUGGAGGAGCACUGAGAGCUUAAACCCAACUGAAAAUCGGCAAUUACGUUGUGUCCUCGUUAACAAUCAAUGUUUCAUCCGGGCAGUUUGAUUAACCACAGAAAGGCUGAGAGAGGCAGGACUGCACGAGCAGCCACAUUGAAACUCGUCAGUGUUUAGAGGUGGAG